AGUCGCCCUCUAGCGAGACAAAGAAAGAUCAUAAACUUUCCAGGUCAAACGCGGUUUCCUCGCAAUAUCCUAGGGCAAACGACCAAAUUCGCUUUUACCCCUAAAUUACAGCUCGAGUUAAUGAUAGGUUAGUCGCGGUCUUCCAGAUGGCGCCUCCUCCGUCCAAGCCUCUGUCGAAUGGCGGCAAUCAGCGCUUAGAAUUUGCAUUGACUGACGUCUGGCUAGAAAAGGGGCGGAGUCCGGAGCGACGACACGUCAGAAGGCAGCGGAGACGGUCGCGCCUGUCUUUAUAGGUGCGAAGAGAGAGAGAGAGAGAGAGAGAGAGAGAGAGAGAGAGAGCGAUUCCUCAGCCUCGUUCUGCUGAAAGCAUCCCAUCGUUGUACUGAAGAGCGACUGAAAGCAUGAGAAUUGCAAUGUUAGUCUCUCUCAUCAGGCCGAGCGGGCCGAUUAUAGUAGGCAUCUCUCUGGGAUUCACUCUAAGUCUCCUCAGCGUCACCUGGGUUGAUGAGUCCUGCGACUCCGACCGGAUGGGAGCCGCCGACGAGAUGCUCGUGGGGCCGCCUGGGAGCUCGAAAGGGGCCCGUAAGCCUAGUUCGAUAUCCACCGGCACAACUGACAACGGAAAUGUCGACGAGGACUUUGAGCCAAGAAUAGUGCGUUAUGACAAGCCUGCCCAGGAAGGUCCUCCAAAGAAAGUUUUCAGAGCCAAAUAUGCCAGCACAGAGCUUGGAAUUCGUGAACGUCUCUUUGUCUCUGUAUUUACCUCCAAAACCACCAUAAGCACUUUAGCUGUGGCCAUCAACCGGACCCUUAACCACCACCUGGAUGGCAGGCUCGUCUUCUUUACAGGCACUCGCAGUCGUAAACUCCCUAGUGGAAUGUUAGUGGUGGCCCAUGGUGAAGAGCGCCCGGUUUCAAACAUGUUCCAAUCUGUCCGAUACCUUCUAGAGCAUCACAUUGCUGAUUAUGAUUGGUUCUUCUUCGUCCAGGAUGAUACCUACACCCAGCCGGGAAGGUUGAAGACCUUAGUAAGCCACCUGAGCAUGGACCUUCAGCUUUACAUGGGCCACCCUGGAGAGUUCAUUGGAGGUGAGACCCAGGGGAGGUACUGUCACAGUGGACCAGGAUUUCUACUCUCCCGUGCUCUACUUCUGAAGCUCCAGCCUUUCUUGGAGCAGUGCAGAACUGACAUUGUGAGCAUCAGACCUGACGAGUGGCUCGGUCGCUGUAUCAUUGAUUUUGCUGGCAUCAGCUGUGUGGAGGAAUAUGAGGGCCUGAAUUAUAAUUAUUUUACGAUGGAAAACAACAUGGACCUAUCCAGAAUGGAGAAUGAUGGAUUCCAGAAUGCUCUUACAGUUCAUCCUGUGGCAAGCGCCGAACUUGUGUAUCGUCUGCACAAACGUUUCACAGAAAUAGAACUGCAGAAGACAUAUGAAGAGAUCGAAAAACUACAGUCUGAGAUAAAGAACGUCAGUGAACUAGCAGUGGAUGGAAACAAGAGUGCCUUGUGGCCCAUUGGCAUCACACCUCCCUUUGAACCCAAGAGCCGCUUUGAGGUACUCCGUUGGGACUACUUUACCGAAGAUAACCUUUUCUCCUGCGUGGAUGGAGCCCCUAAAUGCCAGCUCAAUGGUGCUGAUCGAGAUGACGUGACUGACGUCAUCAAGGUCGCUGUUGAAGAGCUCAACAAAAAAUACAACCCUUUUGUACAGCUGAGUGCUCCGCGGCUGGUGAAUGGUUACAGGCGUUUGGACCAUACACGAGGGAUGGAGUACACCUUGGACCUGCAGUUCCAGGCAACGACUGAAUCUGGUCACCAGAAAUCUAUCGCUCGUCGUGUACACCUUGUGCGACCCCUCAGCCAAGUAGAGAUUAUCCCCAUGCCUUAUGUCACCGAGGCUACACGUGUCCACGUCCUCCUGCCUCUCACAAGUUCUGACUCUUAUGCAGCGCUCCGCUUCUUGGAUCACUGUUCCUCCAACUUGUUUGAGACCGGCGAGAAUGCAGUUCUUAACUUCCUCUUCACCUACGAACCCGCCGAGGCCCAAAAAGUGGGUACAAAAGAUGUCUUUGCAGAGGUCAAGUCUAAGAUCGCCUCUGUCGAGCGUAGAUAUCCCAGCGUGAAGGUGUCUUGGAUCAGCAUAAAGACUGAAAGUCCGGGUCUCCUGCGGAUCCUGGAUAUUGUAUCUAGGAAGCAUCCGGUGGAAACCCUCUUCCUCCUGGUCACCGUUGACACUGUACUCAACUCAGAGUUCUUGAAUCGAUGUCGUAUGAAUGCCAUCAGCGGCUGGCAGGCUUUCUUUCCCAUCCAUUUCCAAGAUUUUGACCCCGGCGUAGCUUAUCCAGACAAGGUUCCUCCUGCCACACCAGACCUGGUCAGGGAAGCGGGUCAUUUUGACCGAAAAACCUUUGAAGAAGCGUGUUUCUACAACUCUGACUACAUGUCCUCACGCACUCGGAUGUCUGGGGAUUUGCAGGAGAACGAGGAACUGCUGGAGAGCCUGGAUCUUUAUGACGUGUUUGUGCAGUAUUCGGGGCUGCACGUGUUCCGUGCUGUCGAGCCAGCUUUACGGCAGGCAUAUCGCAACCGGACCUGCGAUCCUAGGCUGAGUGAGGACGUGUUCCACCGCUGUCUUCAGAGCACUCUGGAGAGCCAGGGAUCACGUUCCCAGCUUGCCUUGCUGAUAUUUGAACAAGAGCCAGGGAACAGCACCUGAGGAGCUUCCAAACAAGCAAUAGUGGGGUAACUGUAGACUGGAUGAUCCGUAGCAGCACUUCCUCUCCAUUUUAACAUCUGUCAACCAGUUCUUCAGUAAAAGCUGUUUGACUGAAACCAAAGAGAAACUUUCUGAAAAGAACAUUCUGAGACAUGUCUAGAGACACCUUUUUCGUGAGCACUUGACUCACAACUGUUAAUGCACUACAAAACAAUUCAUUCACUGUGCUUUUCGGAGUUAUUGUAGAAUUUUUUAUUGCGGCACAUUUCUUUAGGAUGAAUUGCCAUUGUUUUUGUAAUUCUUCAUUGGUAAAUGCAAUUUACCUCACAGACUUGUGGAGUUGAGCCCUAAGUAUACUUCGGUUCUGACAGAUGCUAGCAUAUGUGUACAGCCGAACUUCAUAGCCUUUCAAAACAACUUCAUUUGAUGGCAUGCACACACGUUUCAACUUUGUUCAGUAUCUGCUCUAUUACUUUCUAGAAAUUAUAACAGAUAAAAAAUGACUUUGUACUCACUUUAACUAGAGUUGCGGGAAAUAACCUUCUCACACAAGUGGCAUCGGCUGUUUUUGCCUUAUUCAGUAUUUUGUUAUUGUUGAUCUUUUUUUCCCCGACUGUGAAACAAAUGGCCUGGGCCACUUUUGCCACCUCGUGGACAAACUAGUAAUGCAAAAAAAGUAAGACUCUUGUGCAUUGUAAGCAUACAGAAUUAGGCUAAGUUGGGUACAUACCUCAAGAUAAUCUCAAGAUUUAGUUUGUGGUCUCUCACAUCUUGUUUAAAAAUCUUUCAGUGUGUACCCAGCCUUACAUGGUUGAAAUAUUUGCCAGCGUACAUACAAUAUACAGAUUUUAGCGUGUAACAGGCUAGGUCUGUAAGUAGCCUAAAAAGGAAUGUGGAAUCAGUGGAAUUUGUGCUGAAAAACUACAUUACCCAUGAUGCUGUAUAGCUGGUCCACCAAUCAGAGUUCUCAUGAAACUUAAAUAUUUAUGUAUAUAUUCAUAUUUUCUAAUAUUUACAAUGUUUCAGUUGUUUCAAAUACUUUUUGCAUAAAAUGGAGUUUGCAAUAUUGGGAUUCACCCUGUAGAUGGUUGUUUUUAAUGGCUAAUAGCGCUUUAACCAAAAUGUUUUUUUUCUUAUUCCAUAUCGGAAAAAUGUCUAUUAAAUAUCUAUAAUGAAAUUUGUCACACACUGUACACAUAGCAUGCUUCUCUCCCCCCUAAACCAGUACAGCACAAAUCCCACCCAAAGCCAAUUCUAAAAACCUAUCCAUUUUAAUCCAUCCAUCAUAUUUAUAAACUGAAUCCAUGAAGUCUUGAAGGU